AGAAACGUCGUCGCCCUUCCCCAUUUCCUCGCGCCCUCAGCUCCCUCUCACCUCCGAUUCUGCGAACAGUCUCAGGACCCAGAAUCUCAAACCCCCACCUCCUCAUAAAAACCCCUUAUUAUUUCUCUCUCAAACCUCCACACACACACUCACUCUCUCUCCGAUCGAUUUUCUUCAAAUUUUCUGUAUUUUUCUAUUUUCUUUUUUUUAUUUGGUUGAGACGCGAUGGAUGAGGAUUUCGAUAUGCCAACGGGUGAGGAGAUGAUGAACGAGGACGAGAUGAUGGAUUUCGCCGACGAGAAUCCGACGAUGAAGGUCGGCGAUGAGAAGGAGAUCGGCAAGCAGGGGCUCAAGAAGAAGCUCGUUAAGGAAGGAGAGGGCUGGGAGACUCCCGAGGUCGGCGAUGAGGUCGAAGUGCAUUACGCUGGGACUUUGCUUGAUGGGACGAAGUUCGAUUCUAGUCGUGAUCGAGGGACGCCUUUCAAGUUCGAGCUUGGACAAGGACAAGUGAUAAAGGGAUGGGAUCAAGGUAUCAAAACAAUGAAGAAAGGAGAGAAUGCCAUCUUCACCAUUCCUCCUGAACUAGCCUAUGGAGAGUCUGGUUCUCCUCCCACUAUCCCUCCAAAUGCCACAUUACAGUUCGACGUUGAACUCCUGUCAUGGUCCAGUGUUAGGGACAUCUGUAAGGAUGGGGGUAUCUUCAAGAAGAUCGUGAAGGAAGGGGAGAAAUGGGAAAACCCAAAGGACCCUGAUGAAGUUUUUGUGAAAUAUGAGGCUCGACUUGAGGAUGGCACAGUGGUAUCCAAGUCAGAUGGAGUUGAAUUCACUGUAAAAGAUGGUUACUUCUGUCCUGCACUAGCAAAAGCAGUGAAGACAAUGAAGAAGAGUGAAAAGGUUCUUCUUACUGUGAAACCACAAUAUGGAUUUGGUGAGAAAGGCAGGCCAGCUUCAGGCGAGGAAGGUGCUGUGCCUCUGAACGCAACUCUAAAUAUAGAACUUGAGCUGGUCUCUUGGAAGACUGUUACAGAGGUCGGUGAUGACAAGAAGAUCCUGAAGAAGAUCCUCAAGGAAGGGGAGGGCUAUGAAAAGCCAAAUGAUGGCGCAGUUGUUAAAGUGAAAUUAACCGGAAAACUGCAAGAUGGGACUGUCUUUGUUGAGAAGGGUCAUGAUGAAGAGUUUUUUGAGUGGAAGACAGAUGAGGAACAAGUGAUUGAGGGACUUGAUCGGGCUGUGAUGACUAUGAAGAAGGGAGAAGUUGCCUUGGUGACAAUUCCACCAGAGCAUGCUUUCUCUUCUACCGAAUCAAAACAGGACUUUGCUGUAGUUCCUCCGAACUCAACUGUCAUAUAUGAAGUUGAGCUCAUAUCCUUUGUGAAGGAAAAGGAGUCAUGGGACAUGAACACGGCAGAGAAGCUUGAAGGAGCUGGUAAGAAAAAAGAAGAAGGGAAUACACUGUUCAAGUUGGGUAAAUAUGCAAGGGCCUUCAAGAGAUAUGAGAAGGGUGCCAAGUUAAUAGAGUACGACAGCUCAUUUAGUGAGGAGGAAAAGAAACAGUCAAAGGCGUUAAAGGUAUCUAUCAACCUCAACAGUGCAGCUUGUAAGUUGAAGCUGAAAGACUACAAGCAAGCAGAGAAGCUAUGCACCAAGGUGUUGGAGUUGGAAAGCAGAAAUGUGAAGGCCUUAUAUAGGAGAGCACAAGCAUACAUUAAUCUUGCUGAUCUUGAUUUGGCAGAGCUUGAUAUCAAGAAAGCCCUUGAAAUUGAUCCAGAUAACAGGGAUGUGAAGUUGGAAUAUAAGACCCUGAAGGAAAAGAUGAAGGAAUAUAACAAGAAAGAGGCGAAAUUUUACGGCAACAUGUUUGCCAAAAUGAGCAAACUAGGACACGUGGGAUCUAAUAAAGCUGGAGCAACAAAGCCAGAUGCAGAGCCCUUGAAUGUUGACAGCGCGGCUUAAUUUUUUUUAAUUAAAAAAAAAAACUUUUUGAGAAUGGUAGGAUUUGGGAGCCUGUCCCUGAGCGGCAACAAUUUAAUGAUAGCGUAGAAAACAACCGGUGUAGGGUGAAACUUUUCCUGUGUCACUUCUCAGUUCGUAGUAAUAUUUGUCAAUACAAGACCGUUUGGUCAAUCUUUGGAUGUUGAUCUUGUUUUGGCGAUUUGUUUACUAAUGUAGUUAAACUUGUCAUCCUGUUUGUACUAUGAGUUUCGGAUAUUACUGUUGUGACGACA